AUGCAGUUCCGCAGACGAAGAAGCUCAGUUCUGGAUGAAAUCUCAAACGAAAUGCUGCUCUUUUGUGUUUCGUGGGUCAUCUUGACCCUUUGGAGUGUUCAAUGUCAGUCAAUUGUCGAUGAGUAUCAGUGGAAAGAAGUUCAAUUUGCAAAUCUCCCUUUAUCAACGGAUGCCUAUAUCGGACCAUUUCCUUACUUCCUACCGGAGAAUAAUGAUGUCCUGGGUUCUGCAUAUCAUGCCAAGAGCAGGACCAUGUUUGUUGCCAUAUCACGGCUGAGAGAAGGAGUUCCAUCGACUUUGAACGCUUUCUGUGCAGAUGAUUACGCGCCAGGCAGCAGUCCUGUGCUUUGGGCUUUUCCUGACUACAAAACCAAUACACUUCAUCCCGAGGACUUCAGUCAAGGAGCUCGCAGUGUUAAGGAACCGCCUGAAGAGCCAGUAGAUGAGUUUAGACAUAAGAGACCUCUUGGAUCGUACAGUCAAUCGAAUUACCGCAUCAUAUCGGUUUAUCAUCCAAUCGUGGAUAAUGAGUGCGACAGAUUGUUCAUUCUAGACACAGGAAUCAUGAGAAACACAGACGACACGACGUACUUUGUCCAAAGACCUGCCUUAUUGGUCUACGAUCUCUCGCGGUAUGUUUGUUCUUCGGGAAAUGUUCAACUGAUAAAGAGGGUCGAAUUGCCGGAAAGUGUGUGGAAAAAUUCGCUAGGCUUCGAUUAUCCAACAGCAGAUUACCAAUAUAAGGGUACUUGUGAUGAUUUGUUUGUCUACAUGAACAACAUCUUUGACAAUUCAAUCGUCGUACUUGACUAUGCAAAGAAUGACUUCUGGAUGUUCGCCAAUCACUCCUCCUUCGUUCCUGUGCCCAGUGAAUCGCAAGUUCUGGACAAUUACCAACUCAACUAUGGCACAAUGAAUGUGGAAGUCGGCUGGCCGGAUAAGAAAGGCAAUAAGAUUGCCUAUUAUGCGCCCGGAGCGAGUACAGCGGAAUACGCGACGACCACUAAAGUUCUGAAGAACCGUCGAAUGACUCACACUUAUGGCGCUGAGUUCAGGAUUGUAGGUUAUGAAGGCUGCAAGGGAUCCAUUCAUAGGCAAUUCUUCGACAAGAAUUGCGGAGUUAUGUUCUUUGCUCAUAUGGCUUCAGGUCAGGUGACGUGUUGGAACGUCGGGAAACCAUUCAAUCCCAACAAUUUGGGAGUGAUUCUGCAAACGGAUCCUCAAGAGGUCUUUUCGGAAGUUUAUGUGGACAGCGAAGGAUACCUUUGGAUGCACUCUUGUCACAUUCACCAGCUUCUGGGCAGCACUGAACCUCUAGAUCUGACUCAGGUUAACUCCCGAAUAAGGAAAUUCAGAGUUUUGGACGCUAUUCAAGGAACUGUUUGUGACACUUUCGGACAACUUCCAGAUGAAAUUGCUUGGGAGUAUUUUGACGAGUUGUAGAGUGAUUUUAAGAUGGAAAUAAAUCAAUGC